AUGGCCCUGGGUAGUCCCGAGCCUCCGAUAUGCUCGGCCGAAGGCAGCGGAAGCCUGCUGCCCCUGUUCGCGGAUGAGCAUCUGUGGAACAAGCCCCUUCGGGCGAUAUUGUAUGGCGUCGGUAUGGUGUACAUGUUCCUGGGAGUCUCGAUUGUGGCCGAUAUGUUCAUGAACAGUAUUGAGGAGAUCACAAGUCGAUCCAAACAGGUUAUGAAGAAGGAUGGGCGCACGAUAACGUACAAAGUUUGGAAUCCGACAGUGGCGAAUCUCACGCUGUUAGCACUUGGAUCUUCCGCCCCCGAGAUCCUGCUCUCUGUCGUUGAGACGCUGAACAAGGACUUCUAUAUCGGGGAGCUUGGCUCUGCCGGGGACUCGAUCUCGCUGUGA